UUUGAUUUGAAAUAAUCAGUGAUUUGUUUGCGAUUUUCAUUUCAUUCAUUAAAUUAUGGUUUGAUUUGUAAUACAAUUACUGCUGUUUUUUGGACACAAAUAUUAUCAUUAAUUAAAACAUAUGGCAAAUGAUGUCUUCAUUGAUCAUAACAUACCCAUCGCUUGUAAUCCAUUCCUCCUCUUCUCGCUCCGACCCAUACGAAGACGUUAUUUCGACGACUCGUCCAAAAUCAAGGCCGGAGUCAUCAGCGAUGCGUUGAGGGAGGCGUUGGACGUACACGAAGACAAACUGCCGAUUUGGAUAUACCGGAUGCGAGUGCUCGGGUAUCCGCCCGGGUAUCUAAAACACUCCUAUUCAGAGUCGUUUGUCGAGUAUCCGGGCUUUAAUACACCCGUUCCCGAAGGCAUCAAAGAUGAUUGGUAUAUUCUUCGUAUGCCUCCGAUGUUAGAGCAGCAGCAGCUGAAGGAAGCGCUCAAGACUAUGCACGUGACCGAACCCGUGCCUUAUAAGCGUAUGAAACAAGAGGCGCCCUCCACUUCAACACCAGUUCGGCCAAAAAAUUCAAAAGCUGAGGUUUCAUCAAAUGGUUGUGAAAAGGAUGUGGAAGUGAUUGGCGAACAAUCAAAAGACAAAUCAUUGGACAGUUCGCUAAAUUCAUCCCCAGAUUCUGUACAAAUAAUAAGCGAUUCCGAGGUCAACACGAGCCAAGUCUUGGAUGACUCGUCGGUUAAAGAGUCUUCGGAUAACGAUUUGACCAAAUCAUCGCUCAAUGAGAGCACAGACAGCGCUAGAAGACUGAAACUAAUCUCAAUGGGG